AUGGAGACCCAGGCCUCUCCCGUGGCUAUUCAGCGGAGCAUCUGGGAUGGGCGCAUACCAUUAGAGAUCGUUCUUGCGCCUUCCGAAAGCCGAACGUUUGAUAACACUGACCCAUACCUUGUCUCCUGUCAUCGUGUCUCAUAUCUUCCCUCGCUGCUCCCAAGGCUUCGAGCAUUCUUCUCAACCUCUCUGAUCGAGCCCAAUUCCCAACACCAUGAAGGCUGGUUUACCUUUGAGGGUGUGCCUCUGAAAUGGCAUUAUCCCAUCGGGCUAUUGUUUGAUCUCUAUGCCGGCGCAGAGCCCGCCACCAGGAGUAACACUCCAAACCCCGACGCGCAAGAGGAUGAGUCGCCGCUCCCAUGGCGCCUGACCGUCCAUUUCAGUGACUGGCCCGUUGAAGACCUUGUGCGGCUCGAUCCAGAUGGUAUGGUGAUGAAUGACGCGUUCAUAAACAGCGUGAAAGAAGCGGACUUCCUGCGCAACGGUACCGCAAAAGGCAUUAUGAGCCUUUCCAAGGAGGACUCUUCCGGCCUAUGGAAGGCCGUUGAGAAUGUGGACCUUCCAUCCUUCCAGCGAAUUUCAAACACCCUUCUCCCUCCGUUAUCACAGCCGUUUCGCAACGUACCUGUCCGCAUCUUCCUUCCGCUUCCACCAGAUGAGGACUCCCCGUCAUUGAAGGUGGUACAAACGCCGAUUCCUCCGUCUAUACCGACAUCAAGUAUCCAGGCCAGUCAAUCUAUCAGUGCGCGGUCUAGCCCGAGUACGCAGCCUCAGACGGUCGGAAGUGUCUUACACAUGUUGCUUCCAAAUCUGUUUCCAAGCCGGCGUACCCCAGUCCUCGCGAAGCCCGUAUUACAUGGUGCGGUGCUUCCUAUGUCUGCGCCUAUUGAAGAAGUAGUGAGGUGCUCUGCAUAUGGAGAUGGCUGGGUCUAUGUUGUUGUGCGAAUGAUGGGAUAA